AUGUCAGGACUCCGGAUGGUCGUGACUGCGGCCCUGGCAGGCCUUGUGCCUCUUUCGUGGGCACAGCAGUUUACCAAUACUACGAUGUUUACGGCGUAUGAAGGGCUGAGCACGGCGUGUCAAGAGGCCCUGGCAACCAAUGUCACUUGUUCGCCGACUUUAGGCCUUAUCUCCGAGAGUAAUGAAGUCAUGACAUCAGAUGAUGUCGCUGUAGUUUGUGUCGACGGUUGCUAUGCAUCUUUGGAAAGCGCCAGAACGGUUAUUGCAGCUGCGUGCACACUCGACACGGAUGUUAUUGUGACUGAUAGUGUCGCAUAUCCGGCUACCUUCAUCGUGGACAACUAUCUGUUUGCGUACCAAGUCUCCUGCAGGACGGACAGCUCGACGGGCGAGUACUGUGAUCCACAGAUCGUGUCAUGGUCCAACCAAACCCUAACCACGGAGCAGCAGUGCUCUGAUUGCUGGCUGGGUGGUCUUGCUCUGCAGCUAGGCAACCCCUUGGGCUACGAUGACAGCUUGGCAACAAAUUAUGCGUCGUUGAUUUCCAGCUGCAAUGCCACUGCGUAUAGUUAUACGACAUCCACACAGUAUGCGAUCAAUGCAACCGCAACUGCUACUCCGACGCCUGUCGCGCAGGCCCUGAAUGUGUCCACGUACAGUCUUCUGUACAACAACGGGCUUGAUAUCUACUGCCAGAAUUUCGCCGCUGCCGUUGACUCAAGCUUGUGUAUCCCGCCGCAAUGCAGCACUUACGUCUGGCAAUCGACGGACGAUUGUAACAGUGUUGUCAGGGAGCUCUCGGGUGUGACUGUUCCCCAGUUCUUGUCCUGGAAUCCGAACUUCAAUGCGCUUUGCCAGAACGCUGUGAAUUACGUUGGAUAUACGGUGUGCGUUGGCCCGCCAGCAGGAUACCUUAACCACACAACGGACAUGACAAGCAACUCGACUUCACCAACUAGUUUCACCACUGCCGCGGCUGUGCCAACGAACACUGUUAAUGGCACUAACACGAACUGCGGUGCAUGUCGUGUGUCCAUGGCUAACGGAAUCUCUCUCACGGACUUCUAUUUCCUGAACCCCGAAAUCGACGACGACUGCACGAACCUAAUCCUUGGCGAGGCUUAUUGUGUGGCGGCUGUGGAUUCCAUCACUACAUAUGUCAGCUAUCCCAUUACAACGCCUCUCUUCACAGUAACUUCGGCCACCUUUCCUUCUGUUGACACAUCAAUUCCCACAAAGACCAACGACCCAGGGUAUAUCUACGUCCCUACAUACCUUCCGACUGCGCCCGACACGCUCACGGACUGUGUGCAAUAUCGCGACUACUCCAGCACGACGUCCAAUUCCUGCAUUUAUAUUUCGUUUGCAUUCCAUGUCACCACUGACCAGCUGAUGGAGUGGAAUCCAAGUCUUUCAACCACUCUAAGCACCUGUGCCUUGCAGCCUGGCUACAGCUACUGUGUCUUGGAUAGUGAUGACUCCACAACCACGGACGACGAUUCCUUCACCUUCUGUCUGGGAAUCAAUGCUACAGAGUCAACCACCGUGUCAAACUGUAACUGCUUCACCCAAGUCUAUGGCUACAUGAGCGAUGAUUAUCCUUGUGCAGAUCUUGCAGGAGACGUCGACAUCACAGAAGCUCAAUUGCUGGCGUGGAACCCCUGGCACGCCGGCGACUGCGACACAGAACUUUUCGCAAACCUCGAUAAUACUGACACCCGCGCGAUUUGUAUCGGGAUCGACAGCUCUGCAACGCCUACUACCUCAACUACAGUAGCAGCUCCAACCCCAGCCGACACUAUUGCCGGCUGUUCGGAAUUCUACACCGUUGUCUCGGGAGAUGACUGUUCGAGCAUCCAAACCAAAUUCUCAAUCACCCUUGCAGAGUUAUACGCAUGGAACCCGAGCAUUGGCAGUACCUGUACGAACCUCUGGCUUGAAGAAGUGUACUGCGUCAAGGGUCCGGCGAUAGCAACGGCGACGACCACGACAACAAGCGCCGUUCCUACACAGACU